AUGAAUGAGAAAACUAUCUCGUGUGAUUUUUCUUCCAAUCUAUUGACCCGCUGUUUAUGGACACUGUUGAAGUUGUUCCGGUUGUUUUCUGACUGUGUAUGUGCAGAUGUGAUGAGUGCGAUGGCAUCUCCAUGUCAACUGUACGUCAUGUCCACCCCAUUGUUUAAGCGAAAAAAUGUUCGUGGAACACGCAGAAAAAGACCUGAUUUGGAUUCCAAUGACUUGGAAGGUCUGACUCUGUUCGGUGUGUUGAACAAACCGGAACAAUUAUCUCAAAAUGCGCUGAAAUGGGCACGAUAUGCUUCACUACAAAAGAUUGAUGGGGAUGUACCUCAGCAGGUUGAUACAGGCGGUUUGCCAAAUACUAUGGAUUCUAAGUUGGAUGAUCUAAAAACACAAUUGGCGGAGGAGUUCGGGGAGGAACCACCGCAGGUCUCUAUGGUUUUGGAAGGAGAGCUGGUUCUUGAACAUCCACCCACAAACAAUUUGGCCUACACAACACUCACUGUUGAAAAUUUAGAAGACGCAGUCAAAUCAAGCAGUUUAGCCAAUAAGAGCACCAACACAUUCGUAUUGAAGGAACUGCACUUCAGAGACUCGCCAUUGCAGCCAAUUAACUUGGAAAGUGAGUAUGCAGAUGCCUAUGGCAAUGUUUCUGACGAGGAUAGAAGGGACGAUAAAAAACCAGAUGAAGAAGAUGACUACGAUGACAAUAUAGUGGAUUUGAAUGAUGGAGCGGUCCUUCCCUCGAGACACAGCGAGUUCUAUGAUCUGGAGGUUUCCUUUGAUGAUGAGCAGCUGGACGAUGAUCAUAUGCGUCUUCCUGAAUUGGAAGCUGUCAAGUUGGAUCUCAAAACUCAGAUUGAGCGACUUGAAUAUAGCAUCAAGCUUCGCUCAGAGAAACUCGAGAACAUAAAUAAGUCGCUUACAGAUGCUCAAGCUAGACGGGAGGUUAUUUUGCAAAGACUUUUGAAUUUGAGUAUUUCUUGA